AUGGAGGCCGAACGGCGAAAACAGAUCCGCAUUGUUCAGAUUGUGAUAAGAGCACCGUCGUGUAUCCGUACGGGGUACAGUGUGGUGUUUGCGAAAGUCGAGAUCGACACGAUCACUCACUCAGCAACCAGCGUACGGAGUAGAGGUGCUUGCCGUAUUGCCUUGCCAAGCCUCGGGCUGGAUAACCAAACGGGCAGAUGGCGCUGCCCGAAGAGGGAGACGAAACGCCCUCCAAUCUCAGCCUCGGACGAUCUGAUUCGAUCAGCCCCCAAAUCUGACUCUCCUGGCAAACCGUAA